GGCUGGCCGUUUGACUCCCUUCUUCCGGGCUCCGGCGGGUGAAUCAGCUGCUCUGUCAAAAUAUUACGCAACGCGAGUUGUGCUGUGCUGUGUUUAGUGUCCGUGCGUCGCCUCGCCACUCGCUGAAGACAUGACGGCCAAGAUGGAGCUGGCGCCCCUCAGGCCGUGGGACGAUUUCUGCCCCGGAAUGGACCGGUUUGCCAAACCCGAGUUCGGAGAUUUGACAAAGUGGAACAACCGAGUGAUCAGUAACCUGCUGUACUACCAGACCAAUUAUUUCGCCGUGGCCGUGGUGGUUUUCCUCAUUGUAGGGUUCCUGAACCCAUUUGGCAUGUUCCUGGGAGGAGCUGUGGUGACCCUGGUCUUCAUGGGUUCAGUGUGGGCCGGAGAGAACCAGGCCACAGUCAAGAACUUCAAAAGGAAGAACCCCACCCUGUUCGUCGUCGGAGUCAUGGCUGCCAGUUACUUUCUGCUGUCGCUGUGUGGCGGCGUCAUGGUCUUCAUCUUUGGAAUCACCUUCCCGUUGCUGUUGAUUCUGAUCCAUGCCUCUCUGAGACUGCGCAACAUGAAGAAUAGACUGGAGAACAAUAUUGAGGGUGUUGGGCUGAAGAAGACCCCCAUGGGAAUCAUCAUGGAUCUACUGGAUCAGCAGGAGGAGAAAAUGAGCAAGGUUCGGGAUUUCAUCGAGAGCAAACUGAAGGAGUGAGGCUCGACGUGUGCCAACGGAAGUCAUUGUGAUACAGAAUGAAUUAAAAUGUCCAUAGCACACUUAGCACACUAACCCUACCACCUAACCCUAACCCUGUGUUCAGUUUUUAUCCCAUCUAUACAUGAGUAACGGAUGUUUUGCUUCUUCGUUCUUUUAUUCUUUUUGGUUUUACUUUAAUGUAUCAUUCUUUUGUGUGACGUCACUCACAAGUGGAUGCCAAAACAUUUUAUCUUUAUUUUAAGUGUGUGGAUUAAGGCAAAGAGCACCAAAGGUUACCAAAGGUCAUUCCUGUGUCAAUUCAUUUUCUGAAAAACAAAUCAUUUCCUUUGUCCAGCAUGAAGACUGAGUAUUUAGUUUAGCAAUGCAAAGCAGAAUGUCACACACGUCGUCCAUUGCUGUUUUUACAUACUCAUUUGUUUGUUGCAAAGAGGAAGUUUGAUCAUUUCAGUUUGCUACCUCAAUAGAAGCAUGUUUUAUUCACCCCACACCAAGGUGACCACUGACAGCUUAUUAAGCAACAAUAAUGUCCAUUUUUGCCACAUCAGAAGCUGCAAGAAUACUGAUCUGAGAACAGGUUGCUUCUUGACUAAUCAUUGUGGAGUUUUAAUAUUCCUGACCAUACAGGCUGGCCUGACUGUAUUCCUCUAAACACGGCUAUGCAAUGUUAAAAAUGAAUGGCAAGUGCAGCUUUACUUUUUUUUCUGAAUGUGUUAUGACAUGUAAAUGUUUUUUAUUUCUUUAUUUUCAUAAUAUAGCAUGCAGAUUGUUAUGAAAUGGGCUACAGAAUAGGAAUCUGAAAAUAAUUAUGGCAAUGAGUAAAACCUAUUAUUUUUUAUUUGUUUCCUACUGUUUUCCCACUCACUGCUGGGAUCAAGACCCUUUCUAUUAGUAAAAAAAUAAAAUAAAAUCUGAAAUCUGUA